AGACCAAAAAAACCUUAUUUAAUCUAAAAUUUAUGCACUAUUGAAGUUGAACGUGAUUGGAAGAGAGAGAAGAAAAGAAAAGGUUGGCACUUGGCAGGUUAAAAUCAAAGAAGCUGAAAAUUCCACUGAUUCACCAAAAACAUGUCCACUAUGAACGAAGAAGAUAACAAGAAGAAGGAAUCGGUGGAAUGGUUAGCUCUCCCAAAGGAACUAUGGCCCCUGAUAUCCAAACGCCUAACCACCACCGUCGACCUCCUCCACUUCCGCAGCACCUGCUCCACCUGGCACUCCUCCACCCCUUCCUCUCCCACCGCCACCACCACCACCGCCUUCCCCCUCCUCCCUCCUCCUCCCGACAGCAACAUCAAACUCACCCUCUUCGAAACCAAACUGUACCGCAUCCACCACCCUUCCUCCUCCUCCUCCAAAGGAUGGAUCAUCCUCCUUUCUCACAACGAUUCCUUCCCUCUUCGCAUCUUCGACCCUUUCACGAACUUGCCACUCUCUCUCUCACACACAAACCCUCCCCCCUUCGUUUCCCCCUCCCACUUGAAUCUCUUGAAUUUCAACCUCCUCGACCUCCUUCAAUCCCAUUCUCUUCACCACCACACUCAUGACUUCCAACUCCACUUGCUCCAACCCUUCAUGCCUCUUCCUGAAACCCACAAAGCUAUUCUCUUCCCGAGUUUGACUUCCUCCGUUGACUCCCGCAAGUUGUUCGCUCUCUACAACCACGGCAAGCUUCACGUUUUGAAGAUCGGCGACCACAAUUGGACGAUUCUCGAUGACCCCAACUGUUUCGAUGACAUGAUCGUCCACAAUGGUCAACUCUACGUGGUUGACAAAGUAGGUACGAUUUCAUGGGUGGAUAGUGAAACCCUAAAAUUGGUUCAAUUCUCGCCAAUGCUGUGUGGUUUGGGGAAGAAGAAACGGUUGGUGGAGUGUGGUGGGUGGCUCUAUGUAGUUGACAUGUACAUAGAAGGUGAACCCGACAGCCCUUGGGACAUGUAUUGGGAGGUCGUGGAUGUUAAGGUUCAUAGGCUUGAUGAAGAAUGGGGUAGGUGGUUGGAUGUUAAGGAUUUGGGUGGCUAUUCUUUUGUUUUGGGUAAGAUGUUUACUUUCUCUCUUUUGGCUCAAGAUUACUAUGGUUGUGAACCCAAUUCUCUCUAUUUUUUCUCUGCUAAAAGAGCUUCUUCUUUCACCUUGAACGAUUCAAGGUUCAAGCUCCCUAAUCGCUUUUGGCCUUGCCCAUCUCUCUUUCAACGCAAGUUCAAUUUGUAAGUGCCUCAACUCUUGUUGGAAGCAGAAGCUGUAUCUGUUAAAGCCUAUUAUUAUGUCAUUCAUAGAUUGAAGGUUACAAAUUUGUAAAUCAUUAUUAUGUCAUAACUGGUUUAUACUUCUGUGGGAAAAUAAUUGAUUCUGCAUCACCAAAUAUUUUGCUCGCCUGCA